GCAAGGUUCUUGAAUGAAUUUCAGGCUUCCCAGCAUAGGCAGUGUUGGCAUGGCCCUAGCUCGUUGAGCCUUCGAGGAUCGUGAUGCUGCGCUAUGCGAGAAGACACGCAUCACGAACAAGGUGCCUCCUGCCACCAAGACUACCGUUGGGUGAGCCUCCGAAGCUCCUCUCGGUAGUGCCUGCUGUGCCUGCAGCCUCGAGCCGACACUUCAUAUCUGUCUCUCAACAGCUGCGGAAUGUGUUGGCCAGCGAGAGGAAGGGAACCGUGAGCCCCUUGGGCCUUUGCUUUCGAUGCCCCCAACCGCAGUCGCGUCGCUUUGCGGCCGAGCCGAAGCCACCGACCACGGCCGAGCCCUCGCGGGCCGUGGCCAAGGGCGCGCCGACGCUGCCGUCGCAGAUCUUGGUCUACGUGAAGAAGGGCCGCAAGAUGGUGAUGAAGUUGAGCUACCGGACCAUGGAAACCUUGCGCUGGUUUGGGCGCAAAGUCCUUGUCCUUUGCAAGGCCUUCGUCAAGAACCCCAAGAUCAUCAUCGAUUGGGGCGAAGAUCUGUAUGACAUCGCCAAGCACUUCAUCAAGUGGACGGUCACCGGCUUCAAGCUUUUGGGCGCCGACGUGCGCGCCGCCUACUUCCUCACGAAGCGCGUCUUCAAAGGCUAUCCCUUGUCUGUGCGGGAAAGAAGGCUUUUGGUCAGGACCACCAGCGAUUGCCUGAAGCUCAUCCCAUUCUCCUUCUUCCUUGUGGUCCCUUUCGCUGAGUUUGCGCUGCCCUUUUUCUUGCGCCUCUUUCCCAACAUGAUGCCUUCCACCUUCUUUGAGCAGAAGUAUGACAACGCCACCCUAGCACGAAAGCUCAAGGCCAAGCAGGAGAUGGCUGACUUCUGGCAACAGGUGGUGGCUCAACGUACCCAAGAGCUCUACGAGUCCGAUGAGUAUGCGGACAAGGCGGAAGAGCUGGUAGCCUUCCAAGAGAAGCUCACGGAAGGCAAAGAAUAUCCCACUCUGAAGGAGAUCCUCCGGUUUGCAAGCAUCUUCAAGGAUGAGAUGCACUUGGAAAAGAUGUCAACGCAGCAGCUGACGGCCUUGUCGCAAAUGCUGGGCCUUCCUACGUCCAGGACCUUUUGGCAAGGACACCUUGAAGUGCAGCUGAGACAUCAUAUCACCAACCUUCGCCGGGAGGAUCGGGACCUCUUCUGGGAAGGCAUUGAAGGAUUGAAGGGCGAGGAACUGAUCGACGUCUGUCGACGCCGUGCCAUCCGAUUUCAUGGCGUCACGGAGGAGGAGAUGCGCGAAAGCUUGAACCGCUGGUUGAGGCUCUCUGCCAAUCAUCGACAGAUCCCCACCUCCAUGCUCCUCUGGGUCCAGUCCUUCUACCUGAGGGAUCGCACGGAGGACGAACAUGAGCAUUCCACUCGUACGGAAGACCUGAAGCUGAAGAUGAAGGAGCAGGAGACGGUUGAGAACCCCGAAGAUGCCUUCCUGAGCCUUGCGGAACGUCAGAAGGAAGCGGUCGACAAGAUGCAGCAGAAGUUGGAGGAGCUUCAACGUGAGAUCGUGGAGGUCACUGAGCAACACCAGGACGUGCUGCAGGUCGCACCGUCGAACGACGCGACAGCGGCCGACGCGCCGGCGCCUCGCUGGCUUUCGGAGGCGUGCGCCAACUGUGGGCACGUGAUGGCAGCAGACUCCGCUGAUCUUGACUACGACGACCCGGAAGGGGAAAAGAGGCGGAUGUUGUACAUCUUGCGGAAAGUAGAGGAGGACUUGGACCUCUACAAGCAAGUGGUCCAGAAGCAGCGCUCUCUUUUGGACGGUCAGCUGAGGUUUUUACUCGCCAUGCGAGACACCACGCCGACGCAGUACAAGGAUGCCGAUGUGAUCCUAUUGGAUCAACGCGUGAGGCUUUUGGAGAUGAUCAGCUCCUUCCAGCAAAAUGCCGAGGAGAUCGAUCAGCUCUUCAACGACACAAUCUCCAAGGACGGAGAGACAGUGGUGUCUUCGAGCGUUUGGGAUGAUUAUGAUGACGUACCAGGCGAGGGACGACAAAAGCAAGAGAGGCCAUCUAGCGCAGCUCCUUGAGGGGACCAGAUGCGAAGCGCGAAGGUAGGUGCCAAGUUUGGAUCAUUCAGAUAGGCA